AUGUUCACCGUGUAUCGUUUCAAAUAUGUUUGUGCUCCAGAUGUUCAUCUUGUGGAGUCGUAUGCAGGAAAGAAACGCCUGGAGCAAGAAGAAAGACAUAUUUUUGCAAAUGUACUUUCCAUAGACAUUGCUGACACGAUGAUUUGUGGCAGCUGUCGCUUUGUGACCGCAGAUUAUGAGGCGUUCAAGGAUCAUCGCAUUGCUGGCUGCAAUAGAAAUAAAGGAAAAGAUGAACCUAACCACAUCAAAUGCGCUUCAUGUGAUAACCGUUUCAAAAGCGCUUGGGGACUGUUAUGUCAUUUGACAGAGUUCCAUCGCAUGAUGCUCUACAAGAUCGAUGAAGAACCAAACCAGCCAACAAGCAACGAGAUGGGCUCAAAGCCGGAAAGCGGAGUAUUUCCUAGUUCUUCCGAAGGAUCGUUGAAGGAGACGCCCGAGAAGUCACGUGGGGCAGCUCUCGAACCUACGCUUCAGCAACCACGAACACCGCAGGCUCAGGACAUCAUGCAGUCCUUCAUACGGGCCAGUGUUUCCCACCAGCUUUGCUCUCCCACGAAGGACUGA